GCACGCCAUCUCUACACUUUAUAAAUGUAAUUCUUUUUAGGGUGUUUUACUUGAAACAGUGGCGCAACUGGACUUAAACGCAAAAAUCGCGGGACGAGUAUCUGUUGGUUGAUUGAAAUUUACGUAUCCGUUGGGAAAAGUGUGCUUUGACGAAAGUAUGCAAGCCUUUUUAAAAACAGGCAAAUUGGGACCGGGUGAACCAAAAAAGCCUUCAACUUCUCGCGCAAAAAGAGAACGCAAUACUCCUGCGCCACCAUGGGUUGAGAAAUACCGACCAAGAACCGUGGAAGAUGUAGUUGAGCAGGGUGAGGUGGUCGAAGUAUUGAAGCAAUGUCUAAUGGGUAGUGAUUUUCCAAAUCUCUUAUUUUAUGGACCUCCUGGAACUGGUAAAACCAGUACCAUAUUGGCAGCAGCCAGGCAAUUGUUUGGUAGCCUUUACAAAGAGAGAAUAUUAGAAUUAAAUGCUUCUGAUGAAAGAGGUAUCCAAGUUGUCAGGGAUAAGAUUAAAUCUUUUGCUCAGCUUACUGCUGGUGGUAUGAGGGAUGAUGGAAAAAGGUGUCCAUCUUUUAAAAUUAUUAUCCUUGAUGAAGCAGAUAGUAUGACCAGGCCAGCACAAGCUGCACUUCGUCGUACCAUGGAGAAGGAAUCACACAGUACCCGUUUCUGUUUGAUUUGUAACUAUGUCUCAAGGAUUAUAGAGCCACUGACUUCUCGUUGUACAAAGUUUAGAUUUAAACCACUUGGAGAAGAGAAAAUUGUUGAAAGACUAGAGUACAUAUGCAAGGAAGAGGACUUGAAGGCUGAAAAGCCAGUUCUGUUGAAGAUUGUGGAAGCUUCAGGAGGAGAUUUACGACGUGCCAUAACAUGUCUACAAUCUAUUACAAGGUUAAAGGGUAAAGGCAUUGAAAUCACUGUUAAUGAUGUUCUUGAAAUUAUUGGGAUUGUACCUGAUAAAUGGUUGGAAGAAUUGAUGGAAGUUUGCAAGACAAAAGACUAUAGCAAGGCUGAAGCAUUUAUUGAUAAUUUUAUGCUAGAAGCAUAUGCCACAUCUCAAGUGAUUGAGCAACUCAGUGAAAGAAUGAUAUAUUCUAAUGAAUUGACAGAUAAACAGAAAGCUAUGAUAGCAGAUAGACUUGGAGAAUGCAACUAUAGGCUGUUAGAUGGUGGAAGUGAAUAUAUACAACUCAUAAAUCUUUGUUGUGGUAUUAUGAAAGCUUAUGAAUCAGUUUAGGUGUAAAGUUAGUCAGUAUUCUAUUUUGUUAUAUUUAUCACCCUUUUGUAUAUUAAUAAAUAUCUAUUAU